GGUAGUUCGGAGGGUGUCGGUGGUGGCUUCGGGGAGAGAGAGGGCAGGGCAGGGCAGGGGCUGGCUUCUUUUGCCGGAGCUUUGGGGGCUAUUUCUGACAGAAACGUGCACCUUGACAGCAAAUGGUAGGCGCCGGGGACGGUUUGUAAUAAAUCGCGGGCUGGGUGGGGGAGUUUGUCCCGAACCGUCGAACUCCCUUUGACAGCUCGACCGCUGCCUCUCGAUCUCGUUCUCUUGCGGGGUGGGUGGGGGAAGCAUUUGAAGGUUACAGAGCCUGAAAGAUGGUGCUGAUUGCCGGUCUUCCUUUCCAUACCAAUCAGCAGAUGAUGUUGAAAGUUACAGAUGAAUAUUGAUGACCAAUAAUAAAUUGCUGCUUUUUGCCACAAGGAAAUCAUUGUUUUAAACAAACGAAUAAUUUUUAAAAUUUAGUUUCACAAGAUGAUGGUCCAUUUUGUGUGGAUUCUUGAGAUACAAUCUGAGGAUGAAGACGGUAAGAGUUACACGAAUUACUGAGCUGGUUUCAAUUGAAAAAUGAUGGCGAACCAAACAAAACUAUCAUCAAAAUUUAAUCAAGCAGGAAGACAAAACCUGACUGGAACUGUUAACACGACUAAAACCCAAAGAGAUGGGAAAUGCCCCAAUGAAAAUGCUAACAUGGUGCAGGAUGAAAUAUUUUCAUGGCCUGGCCCAAAGACAGUGCUGCUACAGAAGAACUCUCAAGGUUUUGGAUUUACACUGAGGCACUUCAUCGUCUACCCUCCAGAAUCAGCUCUGCACCCAAGCUUUAAGGAUGAAGAAAAUGGAAAUGGAAGAGGCCUUCAGAAAAGCCGAACAGAGCCUAUGGAUACCAUCUUUGUUAAAAGUGUAAAGGAAGGGGGAGCAGCAUAUCAAGCUGGCCUAUGUACAGGGGAUCGUAUUGUGAAGGUGAAUGCAGAAAGUAUAAUUGGCAAAACAUAUUCUCAAGUAAUAUCCCUAAUUCAAAACAGUGAGGAUGUAUUGGAACUUUCAGUUAUGCCCAAAGAUGAAGACAUUUUGCAGGUGCCUCCUUCAGUUGGGAGGGCAGGCGAGCAAGCUGUGUACUUCUGCCUGGCUUCAGCACCAAUACCAUCCCAUAUUCAGCUGACAGUAGACACUUGUGAGGCCUAUUCUCAGGAUGCUUAUCUGAAAGGCAAUGAUCCAUAUUCUGGUAGUGCUCAGCACAUACCAGAGCCGCCUCCUAUAUGCUACCCUCGACAUUUGGCCAUGACCCAAACCAAGGAGCCUUUACUGACAGAGCCUUCACGGGGACGGCAGGUGGACAAUAGGAUUUACAACGCUGGCUCAGUUUCUGAUAGAGGAUUUUACUCUGACCCAUCCUCACCUCCGGACAGUGUUACCACAACUAGCCCACCUGCUAGCAUAUGGAGCGAAGGAAGGGCUAGAGCACGAUCGUCAGAUAUUUUGGCUGAGAUUGGAGCAGGUCAUUCAAGCCAUUUGCACCACAUGGAGGAGAUACAGUAUGGGAUGAAACCGAGAUCAGUUGUAGUGAGAGGAAUGCCUGUUCCUUCCUCUUCUAAUGCAACCCAAGGUAGCUCUGUUCCGCAGGGCCAAACCAGCAGUAAAUAUGGUUCAGGUAGCGCUGCUGUGCAAGAUAGGUAUGAGGGACAUUCUAAACAUAUUCCUUUUUCAUCAGUCUCAAACCACAACAUUUAUUCGGGUCCAAAGAGUAAUAUUGGUCAGAGGAGUUGCAUCAGUUCUGAGGGCAAUGUGAAAAAUGACUAUUUUCAUUCUGAUGUUAGGACGUCAUGGGAACGACUUGGCAGCCCUAAAACAAUCAAACAGCAAUAUAACCUGCCCAGCUGGCGAUCAGCACAGUUACCACGUCGAAGCUCAUCCGAGGAUCGCUGUUAUUCAGCUAUGCCCCCAAAAUACAGGAGUUUCUCUCAGGACAGACUUGAGGAGACCUCAUUACACAAACAUUGGCCUCACAGUGCUUCCCAGGACACACUACUUGCACCUAUGGGUGAAUCAUGGAGUUAUCGAACGCGGUCAGAAGAUUAUCUGGGAAAAUGUGAUCGAUCUUUGGAGAACCUAACAUGCGAUGCCUUUACAGCAGCUGGGGAUAGAUUAAUAAGGACACAUUCAAGGACUGGAGCAACAACUGAUGGGAUUUCAAGGUCUGGUGGACAAGAACAAAUCUUUUGCCAACAGUAUAGACCAGCAGGCCAUUCAUCAGGAAAUCCUAUGAUGCAUGGUCAGAAGCAUUCAUCCCAACAGAACUCUGGCAACAUAAAUGCAUAUUACAAUAACAGUAACUCUAGGGUAUCUAUUCCUCCUCCGCAACAAUGCAGGAACAAUAGUGGUCAUGCUCAAUCUGUAAAGAGAACAGAUGUUGUGCAUGUCGAUCAGCUGUCUGUCAGUGUUUCUCAAAAUAAAAUAUCUCCUCUUUCAGAUAGGUCAAUAUUUGGUUCUACUUUGACUGCUGGUGCUCCGAAGGCUGAUCGUUGUACACCCUAUCAAGUUCAGAGAAUUGAUGUGCCUGUGGUUCGAGACCAAAGACUGACCAAUCAUGAUCGGCAGGGUGGAUUGUACCCACAGCAGACAGACAGGAAGUCUGACAAGGGUGCAGUACUUCAACAUGAGAUCCGACCAGUUGCUGUCACAAAGCCUGGCGCUUCCCAAACCUCUGAAUAUGUCAGUGAGAUUCCUCUGGGGUUUUUACAGAAGGAGCAGGAAACAUCGCAAACAAAUGAGGCUGUCAUUUUAAGGCAAAAACCUCCGACUGGCCGUAGGGUGCCGCAUCCUCUCAGGCACCCAGCAUAUCUGGUAGCUGUGGAUUUACCAGAGCUACCACCUGCAAAUUUGUUGCCAGCUGACAAAUCUGAAAAUGUGUCAUUGCAGCAGACAAAUGGAAAGCUGGUAGGGUCAGCUGGAAAAUCAUCAGAGGAUUCCUUGGCUUCAAUUCCAUAUAUAGAUGAACCAACAAGCCCCAGUAUUGACCUGGUGGCAGGUCACAUUCCUGCCUCAGCUGUUGUUUCCAGUGGUCAGAAUCCAGCUCCAACUAUCAUCACUAGUCCUGCUUCUCCAACUUUCACCUUCCCCUUCACUUACUCACGCCAUUACUCUCAGGAUUGCAGCAACAUAAAAGCCAGUCGACGGUCGUCUUACCUCCUUGCCAUAACAACAGAGAGGUCAAAGUCCUGUGACGAAGGGCUAAAUACAUAUCGGGAUGAGGGAAAAGUGUAUUCGAAAUUGCCAAAACGGGUUCCUAGUCUAAAGCUACUGAGGAACUUUUUCACAGAUGGGUCCUUGGAUAACUUGGAUGUUACCGAAAACACCAGGUCUAAGCGACAUUCCACGUCUGAACUCUGUGAUGUGACCUUCAGUGAUGUCAGGAAAGAAGGAUGGUUGUACUUUCGACAGCUUGUCACAGAGAAGGGAAAGAGAGUUGUGAGCAGCAUUCGUUCUUGGAAAAGGGUGUAUGCUCUCCUGCGAUCACAUUCCCUGUACUUGUACAAGGAUAAAAGGGACGCAGUGACUUUUGUUUCUUCCCCUUGUGAGGACGAGCAGCCCAUUUGUAUUAAGGCCUGUUUGAUUGAUAUUUCAUACAGUGAGACUAAAAGGAAGAAUGUUUUCAGGCUGACUACGUCAGAUUUCUAUGAAUACCUGUUCCAAGCUGAGGAUAGAGAUGAUAUGUUGAACUGGAUUAAAAUUAUCCAAGAGAACAGUAAAACAGAGGGAGAAGACACAAGUGCAAGGUUGAUCGAAGUCAAAUUAAAGGAGUACAGAAACCAGAGCCCUGCAAAUAAUAAGUCUGAUUCUUCACCAAAAGGAUCUCGCCACCAUGCCAUUCGACGUCCACGAUCUCCCAGGCAAGACAAUGCAAACAAAGAUGAAAGUAGCCUUCCCAAGGACAAGAGUUCUUGGUUGAACAUAAUGAAGAAAACUAAAAAAACAGUUUCUGGAGCAGCUUUUGGGGUUCGAUUAGAGGAGUGUCAACCUGGUGUAAAUAACAAGUUUAUUCCAUUAAUCGUGGAGAUCUGUUGUAAACUGGUGGAGGAAAAGGGUUUGGAGUACACAGGGAUCUAUAGGGUACCAGGGAACAAUGCCAUGGUCUCCAGCCUACAAGAACAACUCAAUAAGGGAAUGACUGAUCUAAAUACCUCAGAAGAAAAAUGGCAGGACCUGAAUGUGAUUAGCAGUUUACUUAAACUGUUCUUCCGAAAGCUUCCCGAGCCUCUCUUCACAGAUGAUAAAUACAAUGACUUCAUUGAAACCAACAGACUGGAGGAUGCAGCAGAAAGGCUUCAAAGAUUUAAGAAACUGCUUCGGAAUUUACCGGAAAAUUAUUUUGAAACUCUGAAGUUCCUGACGGGGCACCUGAAGACGGUCGCAGAUCACUCUGAAAAGAACAAGAUGGAACCACGGAAUUUAGCAUUGGUGUUUGGCCCGACCCUUGUCAGGACAUCUGAAGACAAAAUGAUUGACAUGGUGACGCACAUGCAAGAUCGGUACAAAAUUAUUGAAACGUUAAUACAACAUUAUGAUUGGUUUUUCAAUGAAGACCGGGACAUGGAUGAAAAAGCUCCAAUUGACCAUGUAGGUAAUACAGAGUUACAGCCAGUACCUAACAUAGACCAUCUGCUGUCAAACAUUGGGAGAACAGGAGGAGCACCAGGGGAUAUCUCAGAUUCAACCACUAGUGAUUCAGCAAAGUCUAAGGGAUCGUGGGGAUCCAGGAAGGAUCUGUACAACAGGGAGCUGGUGAUGUCAAUCUUUGCAGCGGCCAACCGUAAAAGGAAAAAGCAAAAAGAGGCAAAGGUGCUUGAAAGUAGCACAGAUGAUGAUUCAGAGCAUGAACCUAUUAAGGCUAUUAACAAAGAAGGAUCAGUAGACAAGACAGGAGUGGACAGACAGAAGGAUGCAACAGGACUGAGAGAGAGACAGUUGGCAAAUACCAGGAACACAAGCGUGGAGCAAAUUCGCCAACCCAUUGCUAACAAAGAAGUUCAAAAGGUACCAGGAGAGCCUGAUAAUUCCAAGCAGAACCACACUCAGACAUCCCAAUGGGAGAGUGUUGACGAAGCCACUCUGAACUCUUCAUAUAGACAACAAUGCAGCCUAUCCUCAACUGGUAUUGAGUGUUCAUUUAAAGAAGGAACCUCCCUCAAAUUGUUGGAUUUAGAUAGAAGAAUAAACUGUGCAGAUAACCAGACAGCCAUUGCAAGUCCUCAGUCUCACUAUAAUAGUGAAGCAUUUUCCAGAAACCCCAAACUGAAGAUGUGGCGGACUCCCGAGAUGGAGCACAGAGAGACAAUUCCCACUGAUGCCAGCUCUGUUGUUUCAGGAUACUCUACUAUCUCAUCCACAGUGACAACCCUGGAUCACAACUUCAGUUCUGAGGUACAGUCGAUUGCUGAAAGCAGGGGGGAUGAAGCUGACGAUGAAAGAAGUGAGCUCAUCAGUGAGUGUGGGGGCCACAUUGAAACAGACAGUGAAAGUGGCUACCUUACUCGGACACUGCCAGGCAAGGCCUCGCAUUCACAGCAGGAAAGAGGCAGGUUUUGUCGCCGUGAAUCAGAUAGCAACACAAGCUCCGACAAAGAAGGGAUCCCAGCACAAAAGCUAAACAGUAGGCCAUCUUUUAAUUCUCACAGAUUAAUUCAGUGUGAUACUUUGGCUAGAAAGAAGUUGACCAAGCCAAAAGCAGAACAUGAACUUAACACAAAAAUCAAUGAAGAUAAAGAACCUCCUGUGGUAAAUCUUUUUGAUAAUUUGAAUGAUCCCAAUUCCAGCAGCAAACACAAUAUCCUCAAGAAUGAUCCUGACAAAGAAGAUGCAACCCAAACAUCAAAACGAGCACUGACUGAUCACACGAAGCUGCGAUUGAAAACCUCAGCAGAUGAUAUGUUUGGAGUAGGGCUGAGAAAACAGAACUCCCCAGAGACCAGGAGAAAGAAGAACAUUAGGAGGAGACAUACAGUAGUGGUGCAGAAUGAUUUAUCAGAGUUCCACUUUAGAGAAUGCAAGGAGAAGCUACUGGAAAGCAAGGACAUUGGCCACAAGGCAGGCAAACCAUCCAACACCAGUCAGUUUGGGCAAAAUGUUGAUUCCAGGGUGGGUCCAGAUACUGGAGGAAAUGCGCAACCAGAUUUAGAUCAUAAAACCAAGGAAAUAUGCAGACCGAUUGAUUUAGAAUCACAAAAUUAUUCCAUUCACCAGAGUGGGAAUUUACAGCCUGAACAGCCAGCACCCAAUAGUAAGCAUUUGAGUAGCAAUAACAACUCAGAGCGUCGGCAACCAACUUCACUGCCUUCCCCAUCGGCUAGCUCGACUUCAGGCCAAGCUAAAGACAGUGACUCAAAUUCAGCCAAGUACUCGAUGAACAUAAAGGCUCAGCAACCUGCACCCACCUCUCGAUUCCAUCAGUAUCUUUGAUAGAAAUUAGUUAAGGCUAAAACAUUCAGGAGCUAUGACAACAUAUGGGUUUGCCUUUUUCCCCAAAUAACAGGUUGGAAAACUCUGAAUUGAAUAUUUAUUUUUUUUAAAACUCUCUCUCCUUUAGAGAUGAGCUAAAUAGAAUCUGGCGGUCUAGGUUAAAGUAGCAGUAUUUAUGUGCUUUUACUGUUUUUCUCUUCACUCAACUAUCUCUAUUUUAUAGAAUAUUGACUACAGCUUUUUAUUUUUCUAAUUCUCACUCAUUUGCUCUAGAGGAACAUGUUGAAGGGACAUUAAAAAAUCCUCUUUUUUUUUAAAUAAUAGUAUUGUUUCUAAAUGACUUGUAAUUGUUGAAAAAUUAUCUCCAAAAAAAAAACUUAUACAUCAUUUAUCAUUUAGAACACUUGAUCCCUGAAUUUCUAUAGCGGCUCGAUUGGUCUCUCACUAUAGCCCCAACAGAUGUUAGUAGAACACCCAGAAAAAAGCCUUUUCCAGCUACUUACACUGUUCCUCUGAAGAUUCUGCUGGUCUCCUUCCACAGUCACAGCAAGUGACCCCCCCCGCCCCCCGGCCUGCCCAGCCCAUUACAGGAUUCAGUCCUGGGUAAAGUGACUAGCUAAAUAGAUUUUUUUUAAGUGACCAUUGCAAAUGCAAAGGAAAUGCAAACUAAACACAGAAUAUGCUUCAACCAUAUAACAGAUCUCAGCUUUCUGAAAAAAAUAGAUUAGAGAACUAAAGAAGAACUGUUUUGGUACAGGAUCUCUACCCAGACAUUAACCUGUAUUUUUUUUCUGAUGCUAAUACACCUGAUAUGUGUUUGGGCUAAGGAGCUGGGAAGUGUGAGUGCAGGCUAAAGCAAAUGGUAGUAAAUUGGCUGUAUGUCGUUACUGGGUGGUUUAGACCGUGGGUUGUUAGAUACUAACAUUGUGCUGCUACUUUUGCAGCUUGCAUGGAAGCCAAUCUUUUUUGAACUCAUUUCUCUUGCCAUUAGCAAAGGAUUUUUACUUUAAAAGUCGGUGCUUUGCUUGCUUCGUAUAACUUGGUUGGCCUGGAAUUCAGUGCAGCUGCCGUAUAAAAUGGUGAAAUAUAUAUAUAAAAUAUAUAGAAAAAAUGUUUCGCUUUAUCUUGAAUAGUUUUUCCCCAGUUUCAGUUACACAAAAGAAAGAAAAGUAAUUGCAUUACAUGGUUAAACCUUUAGCUAGCAUAAAAAAUCUAUUUAACAAAAUAAUGUUACAUUGCUAUUAUAGGCAAAUAUAACUGUUUCCUUUCACUGAAUUGUAGUAGCAUAAUGCUACCUCACAGUGAAAUCUGUGUCAAUUUGUCCUUUAAUUCCUUCUCUUUUUAUUUGAAUUUAAAAUUAGCCCGUACUAUUACCAUUGCUGUAAUUGAAACUUGCUAAAUGGGGAGCAAAUUCAAAUGUCGUUAUACCACACUUGAAUUUUGAGAGAAUUUGGUAAAUGUUUUCCAAAUAUAUUUUCAUUUUCUCCACAUCAUUUUCUUGCAUUUUGCCCAUCUGGACAGCAUCCCUGACUGAGAAGUGGGUGCAGGUGACCUGCUUCCAGCCUUGUGCUAUCCGUGGAUGUUUGCUGUGAGCAGCACAAGAACAACUAGGGUGUUUUUCACAAACCCAAGCAUGAACCUUGGGUGCAGGUCCACCCUGUUCAGUGGCUCAAUGACACCGUUUGUUGGAUUUUUGUUGUUUCAGAAUUUUGAGAAAAUUUAGAUUAAAGGAACAAUCAUAUAUUUCUUUUACUGACUUCAGUCUCCCUCAUCUAGGGUCUAAAGAACCAAUCGUAUUCAGUGUAAAAAACAUUGUUAAUUAAAUGACAACCAGCAGUCAAUUAAUAUAGUGUGCAACUAUCAAAUUAGUGACAGGCUUCUGUGGGUAUGUCAACAGCAAGUGAUUUCAGUGCCUUAGGAAGGCAGAUAAAUGGUCUGGUACCUUAAAUGAAAGCAAAGCACUAGGGCAGGGAUUUUCUUGCUGCUGCUUCCCUUCCACAGUCUCACUGUACUUCCACCAGCAUUACAGGGUGAAGCAGGAACAGCAAGGAGGAAAUUCCCAUCCAUGCAUGAUGGCGGAAAAUAGGCUACAGACAGUAGAAGUCUUCCACGUUCCUCCUUUAACUUUGACCCUCAGAGACUGCUGUGAAUUAGUGGCUAUGAACAAAUCAAAUAGCUGGCACGACGUCAAUUUGUUUUAAAUGUUUACUAUGGAAGUUAGUAAUGGAAACUCUCCCAUUAACUGGCUAGUUGAUCAAAGAUUUCCUACCUAUCCAAGAAUAAAUUUUGCUUAUUGUAGGUUAGCUUUCUGCUGUUAAACAACAGAUUUAAUUUAUCUUUGUUAUUAAGAAAUCGAUUUGUAAAAAGGAUAAAUCUGUUCUCUUAAAAUAAGUACCUAUAGUUUACUACAACUAAUGCACUAAUCAUUGAAUUAUUUAUAUUUUAUAUUUAUUUAUUAACUUAAAGAUUAGAUUCCCAAUCUAACAAGAUAACAUUUUGUUAUUUAAUUGAAAUGUCACUUUGAGAACACUGUUUCCAUGUUAAAACAUUUGAUAAGUUGUUUUUAUUGGUCAGAUAAAAAAACUUAAGAGAAUUGUGCAUCCUUUUAUCCUGAUAAUAGAAUGGUUCCAAGAUUGUUGAUGAAUUUUGAUGGAAAUUCUUAUAGUUGCAAUGUUGUUGGAAUCAGAUUCUAAAACAUUUACUAAAUAGCUUUUCAUGAAGGCAGUGCAGCUUUAACACAGAUUUUUAGUGGUUUUGUACAGUUUGAAAUACAAAACAAACUCACAAUAUGAAAUUAAGACAUAUAAGGGUAGCACUUAGUGUUCAGCACUCUCCACACCUUUAAAGGAACAGUGUGGUUUCAUGGAGUUCACAUCUAUUCUACAUGCAAUCUGUAGUUGUCAUACCAGAUAGAUCAAAAAUCCCUCCUGCUAUUGUUCAAAGGGUUAAUCCUGUGAGUAGCUACAGUUGGAAAAAGGUCCUAGGUUUGAUCCUGGUCUUUGCUGAGCUGAUUGAUCUCAGCCAGGGGCAGGAAUGCCCGUUAGCAUUGGCCUUGAACACGAACAAUGUCACAAAGAGUAUCUGCUGUCGAUGAGGAAAGCUAUAUUCCAGAAAGAAUCUGUGCUUUCAGGAGAAUGGAACAAACAAUUGGAGUGGGGCUGGACUUAAGGUUAGGGGGAGGUGAUGGUGCAGUAGAGAAAUAAAAAUAGUUAAGGUACCCGUACAAAACAAUUUAAGAUCAAUUUUGGAAAUUUAAUUUCUCUAGAAUUCUUUUUCAUUUUCUCCCAUUUCUGUUUUCCAGCAUAAAGCAUUUUCCUUGUACAGUAGCAACCAGCUCAUUUCUGCUCUUCAAACAGCCUGGAGUAAUAUUUAGUUUACUUGUGUGAAUGAAUUUUUAUGUUUUGAGCACUUAAUGCUAGUGUCAUCUUUGCAUAUCACAGCAUCACAUAUAUAUAUAUAAUUAUGAUUACACUAAUUAAGUGAGGCAAGGAAGAUGCGGUUAAAGUUUUUGUCUUGGUGAGAUUUUCAGGUGAACACCAUGGAAGAAGCUCAGGCCACAGAUACAUUUAGAGCUAUCUCAAAUUGCUGAAAGAAGCAGAUCUUGGUUUUUUGAUUUAGGAUUUAACCACCGGUGAGGCAUUGAUAAGAACAGAUUUUUCUAAACUUCCAACCCACAAAAUUCAAGCAGGUUAAAUAAUGAAUCCAAAAUAGAAGAGGGAGUACCACGUAAUUGCUCAGGUUUCAUGGGCCAGAUUGCCUUUUUUCGAUCAAUUACAGUUUAGGUAGCCUGCUGAACACAGCACAAUUAAAAUUCUUUGUUCUGACACAUUUUAACUAAACUGUAUUAAUUUAGUGUGGUUGGCAAGAGAAUGAAAAUGUUCCUAUUAACUCACAGUUAAAAGUGAUAAUUUAGAGAAACUGACUAAUUCCAAACUCCUGCCAGAACAGCUGUAUUAAAUCCAUAGUCCAGGCAGCUAGCAACUGCACAACUUCCACAUUUCCUGCUUGACAGGGUGCCCAGUACCUUUUGUGACAAAGGACAUGGGCUCAGAAUUCUGUCCUUGACUUGAGUUUUUUCUCCUACAAAGUAGCACCCAUCUUCCCCGUUCCUCGCACCCCUGCCAGCCAAAACAAAGUGAAAAAGAAAAGGAUAUAUAUCCGCUCCUUUAACUGGAAACUUUUGUUGUUCAUGCACUUCAUUUACGAGAUUGAUAUGGAUGAAACGUUCAGCCUAUUUGAGUUCAUAUGUGCAGGAGGAACCAACAGCCCCUCACCUUCUUUCACCCCUCCUUUUCCUACCCCACUGCAACAUCUAUUUAUUUAGUAAUAGUUAAAUUGUAACAAUCUCACUUCAAGAUUAUGAAGUCACACUCCUCUGCAGGACCUGAAUGUAUGAUCUAGGCUGACACUUCAGUGCUGCAUUGAUCAAUGUGCCAAUUUCCUCAACAACUCUCUUCCAUCAACCAACCAAAGCCAGUUAACUUAUCAUUUAUUUUAUUGCUGUUCAUGCAAACUUAUUGUGUACAAAUUGGCUGUUAUUAUUUCCUUAUUUAACAGUGACUACAACUCCAAAAAAAUAGUAAUUAUUUGGCUUUGAAGUGCUUUGGGACAGCCUGAGUACUUGAAAUGCACAAUAUAAAUACACGUUCUUUCUGGUUUCACUCCCCUACCCAGAUUUAAUUUCAUGUGUUUUGUACAUUCUUCAUGUGAAGAACAACUUCCUGACGUUAGUCCAAAAUUUAUUUGCUUUUCACUAGUUUGAACUGUGCCUACUUACUUCAAAUUGUAACAAUGGGAUAAUGUUCUGGAUCUGUUUACAACUUUAUAUAACUCUGAUAAAUCAUUUGCUUUUCUAAGAGGUGGGGUGAGAUGGUCUUGGGUUUAUCAAAAAUCUAAGAAUACUGUAAAAUCUUGGAGGUUGGUAUUCGAGAACCCAAUGAGAGCAAAGUAAAGAACCAGAGCACAUGAUACCUGCUGAUUCAUAAAAUAAUACAGAAUGGCCACAUGGCUGUUUGGCAAAAUCUCCCCUUAUUAAGAUUUGCAUUUCAAAAACACUAUUUACCUUUAAAGCCAGUGCUUGACACAUUAUUCACUGGGAGUUGUACCAUAGAAUAGGUUUUCAGUAGAACACAUCCUGAAUUUAAUUCAUAAUACUCAGAUAUGUGUCUUUAUAUUCACAACUGCUGCAAUCUGAGGGUGGAGAAAGGGGAAUUUUAAUUUUUGGAUGCUGUUGAAAAAAAAAGUACUGCUCCACUCCAUGGUGAUGACAUCUUCUGUACAUUUAUAUAUUGUUAUACUGAAAUACCAGAUGAGAAUAGAACACUCUGGCACAUGUAAUUAAUAGAUUAGCUAAUAGUUGUUUUUAUUUACAGGCCACAUCACCCAUUUACUAUUAUUAAAUUUAGCGAUUCUGUCCUUUCUCAGUUCACAUUUUGAAAGCUUUUAUAUUAAAUUCCAGGGGAAGGGAAGAGCAGUUCUGCAUAGUUUUUAGAUUCCUGAUUUCCUCUGACUUGUGCUUGGAAAGUUCCAAUCUUCCACCUUUUGAGGCCACCUGCAACUCAGUUGUUUUGCCCUGCCGCUAUUUAACAUAAUGCAACGAGACCAAAUUCACAAGAACCUAAGAUAAGAGCAAGAGUAGGCCAUUUUGGUCCCUCUAGCCAGCUCUGCCAUUUAAUAAGAUAAUGAAUGAUCUGAUAUAUUGUGAAUUCAUAAUGGCAACAUUGCAGACACUGUUAAACUUGCAGUUAGUUGGGGAGAGAUAACAAAACUAUAAUGUAAACUGGCUCCUGAUGCUUUUGGCUUGAUACAGUUGAUGCUAUAUGAUUUUGUAUGGUUUUGUAUUGAAGAUUGCCCAUUUAACCUCUGUGUGUAUAUAAAAUAUAUAUAAUAUAUUUUUGUUUGCAUUGUUUACAUUAGUGCUUCUAUGCACAUUUGUUUGUUUCUACUGUUACUUGAAUUUUUAAUUUUCGAUACUUUUGCUCCACAGCUUGCUCAGGUCGAAUUAAAAACUCGGUAACAAUUCUUACAAAUGCAUUUUUUAAAAUUAAACUAGAGCCAGAGGUGAACUCACUUUAAUGCCAUGUUUCUGUAUUAAAAGCCAUUAAAUUACCAACAAAUAUUGGAUAAGGGCUAGGAAAGGUCAUAACAUAAUAACUCAGGUGCUUGGUAUGAAGAUUAUGAAAUAAAAAAUGAGCUGAUAGAGAAAUCAUGCUUUUGGGAAGAACAGUAAUGGGUUUUUUAAAUAAAAGAAAUGGAGAUCCCAUAUUCUGCUUUUUCAGUGAAUUCCCAGAAUUUUGAUUGAUAGUGUUUAAUCGUGCAUUUCUUUGAACUCAGUUAAAGCUGUAAUUUUGUCAAAGCAAAAGUCAACUUUACUGUGUAGACCAGCCUAAAUAUUAUGAUUCAUCCCUUGUCUCCUUCACCCCAAUAAUGAAAUAUACCUGUGAUUCUUAUUAAAUGUUUGAAAUAGCAUGGAGUUCAUUGCAGUCUGAAAUUGCUGUAAUGUGCAGUAUGAUGCUUUCACAAACACGGUGUGUUAAGUUGGCAAAUAAUCCACAUUGACACUGAACAUUUUAUGGGUACUGUGUACAGAAAUUCCUUGAAGCUUAAAAACUAGGAUAAUAGGUGGUAUUUCCUUUUAAGUUUUAAAUCCAUGCAGUUCAAAUUGUGGUCCAUUCCUGUGGAAACAUGGCUUUAAAUGAAGACCCCCCUCUCUAACCCAUGGUGCCAGAUUUAAAAACAUUGUAUUGAAUCCUUGCUUCAUAACUGUUUAUUCUAAAAUGUUAUAUACACUGAGUCCAACUACCAAAACUAUCAAUGUUUGCCCAAAAGUAUCUUAAAAUAUGAAUUUCUCACUCAUGGCAUCAUCUAAAAAAGAACUAAAAGAUGUUUUAGAUGAUUUGUGAAAAUAUUUUCUAAAGUGUCUGAAAUUGAACAUUACCACAUUCUGUGCAAAUGCACCUUAAAACAGGCAAAAUUAUUUUAAUAUGGUUUUAAAUUUGAGUUGUAAUUGUAGUUAGUUAGCUCUUUUUGUUUUAUUUACCUGUCCUUGGAAAGUGCCUCAUUUUUUGCAAGUCAUUUCUUAACAACAGUCUAGAUUCCAGACUCCAUGGAAUUUAUGUUAAUGUAACUUUUAAAGAUUUUUUUUAAUUUAAAUACAAAUGUUGCCUAGCUGUAGGCUUUUUUAAAUGUAGUUAUGUAUAAACUACAUUUUGUUUUUCAUGAACUACGCUGGAAAAAUCAGGACAGAGCUUUGUGGCACAUCUAUCUUGCUGUUGCCUAUCGCGUACACACCUGUGUCAAUGACUGGCUGAUGUUCUGCUUUGUCCUAACUGGGCUUUGGAGGUCCAAAUUCUGAUACCAAAUUCAGCCAGCCUGAUCAGGAGCAUCUGGAUUGAAUCUAGGGAGAUGGGGUUGAGGAUGGUGGGGAGGAGAAAGAGGUAAGAGCUGGGCAUGAAAUCUAGCAUUGAAGCAAGGAAUGAAAUACCAAUCACUCAUGCCUUGGUUAAAAGAGCAACAGGCUACACUAUCAAAAGAAACUUUAUGCCACCCCAAGAAGAAACUUAAGACGUGAUUGUCUAAAGGGAGAUGCUUUAAGCCGCACUUUUCCAGCUUGUAUUAUCAUUUCUUUUAUGUUGCUGUUUACCUGCAGUAUUGAGAUUAUUUGGCAGGCGGGCAUUUCAGAGCUUCCAUUUUUAAAAAAAAAAUCAGGCAUUCCAAUGAAGCGUUGAACAAAACUGUCAACGUGACCUUUCUCCAUAUACUGUGUGCAGUUUAUUGAAUUAUGCAAAUUUGCUGUAAAGUUAACUGCUUAUUUUGUAAAUAUGUUCUAGGAUGUCUACUCUGACAAAAGCCGUGUAACAUAGAUAUAUAAAUUGUUUUUUCCUCUUUGCCAACUGGCCAUAAAAGAACAAUAUGUUAUUGUUAGAUUCUGCAUGAACUUCUUGAGUUUACAACUGAAAAUGUACAUGCAAAAGGAGAUGCUUUAAAUAAUGCACCAUCCUGUUUUAUAAAAAUGGAAAUAAACUGACUUCCCUUCCAGUAAA